CUUUAGCCGAUCAAACCAGAGAGAUGCCUUUGCUGUAUCGGGGAUGGAGGGCGUGGGGCAGAGGGGGGCACAGCCGUGUGGGCACUGCUCCCCAGCGGCCUGGGGCUGCUGGGAGGAGAUGGCUGGAGCCCGCGGUUAGGAAGAGUCGCGGAGGAGCAUCCAGAACACGCCUGAUAGAGUCAUCCCGGCGCCCUGCGCUCCACUCUGCCUGCCACCCCGACGGUGGGCGGCUCUGCCCAGUGACCCCAGGGCCUGGACAGCCAGGUCAGCGGGAGCCCUCCCCUCUGUCCGAGUCCUUCCCUCACACUCUGCUUCCUGCGGAUGGGAGCUUGUGUGUGGCAACCUGGGGAGGCGUGGCAGGGAACCUGCGUUUCCGGAGCCCUCCAGGGAGCCCAGAAACCUCAGCUCCAGGUAUGAGACAUUUGUGGAGAGCCUCAGAGACAAGAAAAGGAAAGCAAGGAGAGAAGGCAUCCUUCCCGGAGCUGGCCCAGGCCUCCAGCUCUCCCACGGCAGGGCAGGGACGUCCGGAGCAGGUCAGCCGGCGUGGCGGGCGGGGUCUGUGCGGCCCUGGGAAGCGGGGCCUGGGCAGGCGUGGCGUGGCGGGUGGCGCCUGCAGCCCGGUCCUACUGGAGCAGCUUGGGCACCUCCACCUGUCCGGGCAGAGCAGAGACGGUUUAGAGGAGGGAACCCAGCGGGGGCUUCUGGAACCCCUCUCGCUUCCUUUCCUGCUGGGCUCACGAAGAGAGGAAGUGUGGACAGAGGGAGCCCUUUCCCUUUUCUGUGAAAACCCGAUGCCACCGAAUGACCCUGGAGUUACAGUCGAGGUUGUGCGGUAUCUCAGGAGUGACCGUGUAGGGGUGGGGUCUGCCGGGCAGAGGACCGAGACUCCACCCCCCAGGGAGGCCGAGCCUUGAGAAGCAGGGUCUCCAGGGACGGAC